AUGCCUGAGUCCGAGGUCAAGGCCGUCACUGAGUUGUUGUCCAAGCUCUCGGUCGCAAAGACCGCAGACGAAGCCAAGGGCACCAGCCAGGAGCUGGCCACAUUGCUAAAUGGCGAGAUAGCAAAGGAAGGGUCGACCGCCAUCGAGACCUCAUUUUCGCAGAUUCGAAAGCAGCUCACCGACAAGAAGAAGGCGGAAGUACGACAGAACGCAGCGGAGGCGAUUGCGACUAUCGCGAAGCAUGCAGAGCUCAGCUCUGCCGUCGAGGCCGCUCUGGUCCAAAUCUUCCCAGCCGUCCUCAGCGCUGUCGGUGACAAGAUGGCCACCGUCAAGGUCGCCGCACAGGACGCCGCACUGUCCAUCACCAAGGCCGUCAACCCCAACGCCGUCAAGCUCCUCAUCCCAUGCUUCAUCGACUCGAUCCGCAACGCCCAGAAGUGGCCCGAAAAGAUGACCGAUCUCGAGUGCAUCGAGGCUCUCUGCGAGAGCGCACCAGCACAGCUUGCCUACCAGGUACCAGACCUUAUCCCAAUCGUCUCGGAAGCCAUGUGGGAUACCAAGCCAGAGAUCAAGAAGAAGGCGUACGGCACAAUGGAGAAGGUUUGUCAGUUGAUUGUCAACAAGGAUAUCGACCGCUUCAUUCCUGAGCUCAUCAAGUGUAUUGCCAAGCCAGAGAACGUCCCCGAGACUGUUCACUUGCUCGGUGCCACCACCUUCGUCACCGACGUCCACGAGCCAACACUGGCCAUCAUGGUCCCACUCCUCGAGCGUGGUCUCAAGGAGCGUGAGACUGCCAUCAAGCGUAAAUCCGCAGUCAUUGUCGACAACAUGUGCAAGCUGGUCGAGGACCCCAACAUUGUGGCCUCUUUCUUGCCCAAGCUGAUGCCUGGACUCACCUACAACUACGACAACAUCGCCGACCCAGAAGCCCGUGAGAAGACCAAGCAGGGUCUCGACACCCUUACCCGCGUCGGUAACGUCGUGGAUGGCAAGAUUCCAGAGGCUUCGCACGACGGCGACGUUGAGACUGUGCUCGGCAAGCUCAAGGACGUUUUGAGCUACAAGCACAAGGAGGUCGCUGAGAAGAACGAUGCUCUUCUCAAGUACAUCGCUGCCAUUGGUGGUCAGCUUGUCGACCAGAAGGACGCUGACAGCGCAACCUGGAUGACAAGCCUCGGCCCAUACGUUCAGACCGUUGUUGGCGAUGCAGACACUGCAGACAUUGUCGACCAGCUCCGCAAGCGUGCCUCGCCAGGUGCCGCAGCUGAAGAUGCCGUCGAGCCAGAUGAGGAGGAGGGCGAGGACCUGUGCAACUGCACGUUCAACUUGGCAUACGGUGCAAAGAUCUUGCUCAACCAGACACAUCUCCGCCUCAAGCGUGGUCAGCGUUACGGUCUGCUCGGCCCCAACGGAUCCGGCAAGACCACACUCAUGCGCGCCAUCAACAACGAGCAGGUCGAGGGUUUCCCCAAGCAGGACGAGGUCAAGACCGUGUACGUUGAGCACGACUUAGACUCUGCCGACACUGAGAUGACUACCAUCGAGUGGACCUCCAAGAAGCUUAAGGAGGCUGGCCUCAACCUCACUGAGGACGAGAUCCGCGCGCAGCUCAUCGAAUUCGGGUUCGUCGACGCACAGAUUUCUGGACCCAUUACCGCUCUUUCCGGUGGCUGGAAGAUGAAGCUUGCUCUCGCCCGUGCUGUGUUCGAGAAGCCAGAUAUCCUCCUGCUUGACGAGCCAACCAACCACUUGGACGUGAAGAACGUCAAGUGGCUCGAGGACUACCUCACCAGCUCGCCCUGCACAUCCAUCAUCAUCUCCCACGACAGCAAGUUCCUCGACAACGUUGUCCAGCACGUCAUCCACUACGAGAAGUACAAGCUGAAGCGCUACCGCGGUAAGCUCAGCGAGUUCGUCAAGCGCGUGCCAUCCGCACGUUCAUACUACGAGCUCGGUGCAUCCGAGAUGGAGUUCAAGUUCCCAGAGCCAGGUUUCCUCGAGGGUGUCAAGACCAAGGCCAAGGCCAUCGUUCGUGUCACCAACAUGAGCUUCCAGUACGAGGGUACCUCCAAGCCACAGAUUCAGGACAUCACCUUCCAGUGCUCGCUCGGAUCCCGUAUUGCCGUCAUCGGUCCAAACGGUGCUGGCAAGUCCACUCUUGUCAACGUUCUGACUGGUGAGCUCAUCCCAACCGCUGGUGAUGUCUACCAACACGAGAACAUCCGUAUCGCCUACAUCAAGCAGCACGCUUUCGCACACAUCGAUCACCACCUCGAGAAGACUCCAUCCGAGUACAUCCAGUGGCGUUUCCAGACCGGUGAGGACCGUGAGACCAUGGACCGUGCCAACAAGAUUGUCACCGACGAGGAUGAGAAGGCCAUGGACAAGAUCUACAGAAUCGAAGGCUCGCAGCGUCGUGUCAUCGGCGUGCACUCGCGAAGAAAGUUCAAGAACUCCUACGAGUACGAGUGUUCGUUCGCUCUUGGUGACAACAUCGGCAUGAAGAACGAGAAGUGGACACCCAUGAUGACUGCAGACAACGCCUGGAUUCCUCGCACUGAGCUCAUCCAAUCUCACCAGAAGAUGGUUGCCGACGUCGACCAGAAGGAGGCUCUUGCCUCUGGACAGUUCCGUCCUCUUGUGCGAAAGGAGAUUGAGCAGCACUGCGCCAACUUCGGUCUGGAUGCUGAGCUUGUCUCUCACUCCCGCAUGAAGGGUCUUUCCGGUGGUCAGCGUGUCAAGGUCGUGCUUGCCGCUUGCUCGUGGCAACGUCCUCACUUGAUCGUUCUUGACGAGCCAACCAACUACCUCGACCGUGACUCGCUGGGUGCUCUAUCCAAGGCCAUCAAGGCUUUCGAGGGUGGUGUCAUCAUCAUCACUCACUCCGCUGAGUUCACCAAGGAUCUCACUGAGGAAGUGUGGGCAGUCAUGGACGGCCGCAUGACCCCAUCUGGCCACAACUGGGUGCAAGGUCAGGGUGCCGGCCCCAGACUGAAGGGCGAUGAAGACGAGGAGGAGAAGUUUGAUGCCAUGGGCAACAAGAUCGAAUCCACGAAGAAGGCUAAGAAGCUCACAUCUGCUGAGCUGCGCAAGAAGAAGAAGGACCGCAUGGCCCGCCGCAAGCGCGGUGAGGAGGUUUUCUCUGACGAGGAUGACUAG